AUGUCGAGGCAGAUGACCACCAACUUAGAGCCGAAGGGGUAUUUCUCUCUGACAGGAUUCAGAGCCACCACAGAUCCAAAUGAAAGGAGGAUUGUUCUAGUGGGGAAGACUGGAGUAGGGAAGAGUGCAGCAGGAAACACCAUUCUGGGCAGGGAAGCAUUCGAGUCGGAAUUGUCUCCAGCUUCCCAGACGGCUGAGUGCCAGAAAGCCAAGGGGAAUGUCGGGGACCGAAAAGUGGCCGUCAUUGACACUCCAGGGUUGUUUGACACUAAUUUCACCCAAGAAGAAGUAUUGAAGAGGAUCAAGAUGUGCAUCUCUCUGUCUGCCCCUGGUCCUCAUGCCUUCCUGGUAGUUCUUCAGCUGGGCAGAUUUACCCAGGAGGAGAAGGAAACCGUCAAGAUGAUUCAGACCACUUUUGGUGAAGAUGCAGCUAAAUACACAAUGGUUUUGUUCACACAUGGAGAUCAGCUGAAGAAGCAAACCAUUGAGGGCUAUAUUUCCGAGAGUCCCGACCUGAAAGCCCUCAUUCGGAAGUGCUACAGUCAAUACCAUGUCUUUAACAACGAAAUUAAAGACCCUGAACAAACCAGUCAGCUCCUCGACAAAAUCGACAAGAUGACUAUGGCUAACGGUGGAAGCUACUACACCAACGAAAUGUUCAUGAGAGCAGAGGCAGCCAUAGAGAAGGAGAAACAGCGAGUCCUGAAGGAGCUGGAAGCACAGAGGCAGAGGGAGCUGGACAAACUGAGAACCAAAUACGCAGAGGAGGCCUACCACAGGGAGGAGAAGCGAGUGAUUAGGAGAUACGACUAUGAAGCCAGAGCUCGUGCUGAAAGGUCCAAUGAUUUUGUCGCUGCUCCAGUGAUGGUUAUAGCGACGACCUGUGGCGCUGUUGUCGGAGGUCUGCUCGGAGUUGUAGGAGGUCCAAUCGGUUUGGCAGUCGGAGCUGCAGCUGGAGCAGUUGUUGGAGCUACUGUUGGUGCAUUAUCACUCAGAGUCUCAGAGCGUUGCAGUGUUCAAUGAGGACAUUUCCUGUCCAUUAUUGCAGUUAGCAGUCCCCUUUUCCUACUCGCAUCACCACACUGAAAUUCUACUGUUCGCCUUGGAGGACCACCUCUUUGUGGAAUUCUCUCUCCUGACUGGAUAAAAUGGGAACAGGAUGCCAGAAAACUGGGAGAGAAUAUAGAGCUAUUUAACACUUAUUUUAACUUAAAAAUAUUGCUUACAGCACCUUUCAAUUAUGUUUAUAUUUAAUUGUUUUCCAGGAAAAUGAUAUCCCUCUAGUCUUGGGUCAUGUUCAUUUGCUUCUUAGUAAAUGCUCAUAAUCACUUUUCGUUCACAAUUUGAAAAUUUUGUACCAGAAAUAGGUACACAGUAAAACUUCAUACAGGGAUUUAGUAGAAUCAAGUAAUCUUUUCUCAUUACCUUAACAUAAAUAUUUAAAGUUAAAUAACCUUUUUUUAGUUGUUGUUUUCUGACCACUUCAGAACUUAAAAGAAGAGAAAAGAACUAUGGACAUGAAUUCCUUUAACUUGAAGUCUUUUAACUCUAAAUGAUGAGUUGGACAUACACCAA